GUAUUUCGCACAAAGAAUUUGUGAAUUUACAUGCAUAACUUAGCCAAAUUAUAGGCCUACUAAAAGUCUAGCCCACAAUAGUAGAUUGUACCAACAAGAUGGCGUCAGGAGGAGAUGACUACGAUAUUGAUGCUUUGACUGAGAAACUGAAGGCUUUUGCCACGGCUCAGAUAAAGACCUCAGCCAAGAUGGACAGUAAAACAGUGGGAAAGGUGGCCAAGGAAUGCUGGCCCAAGCCCCUCCAGACCCGGAUAGACUCUAGUGUGUUCCCAAAAGUUAUGGACAAAACUACAAAGUCUAUUAGUCUUGACAAUAAGGAUCAAAUCAGGAAGUUUAUAUCGGAAGCCGCCAUCCAAUAUGAUGACGUCACCACCAAAACAAAAGAGUUCAAAAAACAUGAGAAGUUUUUGGCAGAGAAGAUUAUUACAUCCGGUGCAGGAAUAAAGCAAACGGUCGUUUCUAAGACCGGGGGAGUUGACCGUAUGACGGAUACCUCCAAAUACACUGGGUCCCACAAGGAGAGGUUUGACGAAUCAGGAAAGGGCAAGGGCAAAGACGGCCGUGUAGAUAAGGUGGACGACUCGGGAUAUGUGGGCAAUUACAAAGACCAAGGCACUUACGACAAAAAACACUGAAGCAUCUCUUUUCUCAUAUUUUUAUCUUUUAUAACAUAUACAAUAUUUAGUCACAUAUACUGCCUAACGUUUUACAGAUUUGUCCUACCUUCUAGAUGUAAAGCAAUAACACACCUUCCUGAUGUAUGCGGAGGUUAGAAAUUAGGGCCUAUAUUUGUAAAAAAAAAAAAAAAAAAAAAAAAAAAAAAAAGAAAUGUUUGAUUUGUGCAAAAGAAUUAUUCCCUUAUGAUGAAGAAA